UGUCAUCCGCGCCCUUUAAGCGUUUCGUCCGAUACAACACCUCUUCCUUUAGGGUUGUCGGCCAGUGCACAUUGUCCUGCCACAGCGCUAUCCUGAACAUCAUCCCGCAACACGAGCACCCUUUUCCUUUCAUAAUCGAGCGCGGUCCAGCGAGUCAGCCGAAAUGACGUCGUCGCAGAACCCGCUGCAGGGCCUCGUCCUAACUCCGCAGCAACAGAACCUGCUGUUCGCCGCACUCAAUUCCAAUCGUCCGAGCGAUGCGCAGCCGACCAAUGGCUUCAAUAUGUCGACGCUCCAGUUUGAUGGUUCGCCCAUCCAGCCCGAUGGCAUGUCGAGCUUCCAGAACAGCCCGGACCUUGAUUAUGAUUAUGACUUUGCCGGAGCCGAUUCCAGCUUUGAUUACUACGACGAUGCCGGCCAGGCCAAGAUGAUUGGUGAUCUCCCCGGCUCGAAAAGGGCGCUCAAGUCCGAGUCUGGCGACGCUGAGUCACCGGAAAAGAGAAGCCAUCCGGAUGAAGAAGAAGAAGGCCCGGGAGCCAAGCGGCGGGAGAGCGAAGAAAAACUGGCAAAGAAGCCAGGCAGGAAGCCUCUCACUACGGAACCGACUUCGAAGCGGAAAGCCCAGAACCGGGCAGCGCAGCGGGCGUUCAGGGAGCGCAAAGAGAAACACCUGAAAGAUUUAGAAACCAAAGUCCAGGAGCUGGAAAAGCUGUCCGAAGACGCGAACAAUGAGAAGGAAGCGCUCCGUGCCCAAGUUGACAAGAUGACGGUCGAGUUGAAUGAGUACAAGAAGCGAUUGUCGAUGCUCUCAGGAGGGCGACCCGUUCCCCAAGGCCCCGCAUCCGCCUUUGGCAGCCUUUUUGUCAACAACUUGAACGACGUCAACUUCCAAUUCGAGUUUCCCAAGUUCGGUAGCCUCCCGGGUCCUCCCAUCAACAAGGCCAAAAAGCCCUCGCCAACACAAUCGCAAUCAUCGAAGCGAGGCAACUCGGACCAUCGGAGCCCUAGCGAGAGCUCACAGCGCGGGGUUAGUCCGGGGAAUUCGAGCAGUUACAGCCAGGUCGGUCUGGACUCUCAAUCCCAGCAGGACCUAGCGAGUCUGUCUUCGGAGCUCUUCACGCCUCCUCUCAACAAUGGCCAAGGCGUAAACGGGUCGUCGAUCAGCCUCGACUCCCACUACAAUAUGGGCGGUGCCACAUCGACAAGUUCACCCUCUGCGUCCUCCAACUCGAACAUGGGCGGCCCUAAUUCUUCAUGUGGAACAUCGCCCGAAUCAUUUGCCCAAUCGCCCAUGGGCUUCAAACCUCUCGACACGUUGAGCACAAUCGGAGAAGAACACCCCAGCCUCGGAAAUCCAUCGCAGGGUCCUGGUCAUUUUGGUAAUGCAGGCAUUGAGGACUUCACCCAGUGGCUUCCCCAGAACGACUUUCAGUUUGAUCCGGAGCUAUUUGGCGGCUACCGUGACCCGCAAGAGAACGUUUUGUCUCAGGGCUUCGACGAGGGCUUCUUCAACGAUGCCGUGGAUAUCGAUUUCCUCACGCCGUACAACUUGCCAAUUCCUAGCCCAGCACCGCCCAAGAAGGACCUCAUCUCUCAGAUCGAUGCCGCAAAGGACGCGGACGAACCCGCCACCACGAACAACGUGUUGCUCCAAUGCAACGACGUUUGGGAGAAAAUACAAAACUGCCCCAAGGCAAAGGGCGGCGAUUUCGACCUGGACGGUCUUUGCGCAGACCUGCAGAAGAAGGCCAAAUGCGACGGCACCGGUCCCGUGGUCAGCGAGAAGGACUUCCAGCGUGCCAUCAAGAAAUAUCUGUGCAAGGAGGAACAGGCGGCAGCCGAGGCCGACGCGUUUUCCAAGGAGACGCAGACACAGUCUUGAGUUGAUUUCCCUGGUUUUGGCACCGUCGGAUGCAUUGUACAACAAAUGGGGUUACUCAUGAGGGCAGGUCGGAGCAUCGUCCCUCGACCUUCGGUCGAUACACAAUGGAGUUAACUGGAGAAAGAAAAACUUGGGGGGAUAAGGCGCCUGAGAAGGGGUAGGGCUUGGAAACACCGU